AUGCGAGAUGUAACCUUUCAGGACUACAUACGCAAUCUACAGACCGUCAUCGUCCCGGCCUUGAUCGUCGAGGAUGAUACAACUAAACGGUCUACCGAAAGCGUCACCGAUGUCCACGACGAGAAGGACAUCGUAUCCUUCAUCCGCGCCUACGCCGAACGACCUACUAUGGCGAUAGUGAAUAAGUUUGCCGCGACGCAUGAGCUCCUCCAAGGCACCGAGCUUCAGUUCCGCAACAACGCAUACGGCCUUCAUCCCAAACUAGUUCAGGGCGAUGAGAAGAGCCUGCCGCCACCCAAUAAGAAGAGGUCUCCGGACCGCCCAACUAGCCUAGCCCCCGACCGAUAG